AGUGAGUCUCCAAAGUGAGUCUCCAAUACCGCCUCGCAACAGAUACUUGGAGGAGUGUAGUAUAUUUUCAAAGGACCGGCAAAUAAUGCAAAGUUUCAAGAGGGAUGGCUGUUUUCGCAAACCAUACUUUUGGAAUUUUCUUGGAAUACAGCAAAAACACUAUCUCUUUUGGACCCACUAGAACACUUUUAUUUCUGACAGACCUAAUGUUCUGAAAUAUUUGCUGAGAUGAUUCAGUACUACAUUGUAUUUGAGAUAUUUAUAGCUAUUUUAUCCAUCUCUGGCAAUGUAUUGGUUUGCUGGGCUGUCGCCAUCAACACCACUCUGAAAACCACUACGAACUACUUUUUGGUGUCUUUGGCUGUGGCAGAUAUUUUGGUGGGUUGCCUUGCCAUCCCCUUUGCCAUAACCAUAAGCAUCGGUAUAUUUUUGGACUUCUAUGGAUGUCUUUUCCUUGCCUGUUUUGUUUUGGUACUGACUCAAAGCUCAAUUUUUAGCCUCCUUGCAGUUGCAAUUGAUAGAUAUUUGGCCGUCAAAAUACCCCUCAGGUACAAGGAGCUGGUGACGGGUACGAGGGCCAGACGAAUCAUCGCCAUCUUAUGGAUCCUGUCUUUCGUCAUCGGCCUCAUCCCAUUCCUGGGUUGGAACCUGAAGGUGACUUCCUGCCGUCAGAAUGUCUCCAGUAGCCUGACGAAUGGCAAGUCUUUGGGGGACAAUGCCAGUACCACCAUCCCCCCCCUGGUGGAUGAUCUGGGCAGUGCAGGUGACUUCCUGAGCAGCUGCAAGCUUAACUGCCUGUUUGAGAGUGUGGUGGACAUGCACUACAUGGUCUACUUCAACUUCUUCGGCUGCGUCCUGCCUCCUCUGUUUAUCAUGCUGGGCAUCUAUGUGAAGAUCUUCACCGUGGCCCGCAAGCAGAUGCACCAGAUUGAACUCAAGUGCUCAGUGAGCAGCAAUGGGGACAGCCACCAUCACGGGCUCCUGCAACGGGAGAUCCGUGCCGCCAAGUCUCUGUCCAUCAUUGUGGGGCUGUUUGCCCUAUGCUGGCUGCCCGUGCACAUCCUCAACUGCCUGACACUGUUUUACAAGGACCUGUGCAAGCCGGCCCCCGUCAUGUACAUAGCCAUCAUGCUGUCACAUGCCAACUCAGCCGUCAACCCCGUUAUCUAUGCCUACCGCAUCCAGGACUUCAGGAACACAUUCCGAAAGAUCCUGACGCGUCACGUCCUAUGUCAGAAGGAGGAGCCUUACCUGCACUCCUCCAAUGGGAGCAGGCGGAACAGAGACCAGAUCCACAUGACCAUUGACCCUUUACUCUGAGGGGUGGGGCCUACAUGGGGCAUGACCCUUUACUGUAAGGGCAGACACCAGUGUUCGUGAGGCGACUAGCCCCGCCUACAUAACUUUACUUCAAGGGUGGGGCCACAGGCCGGGGGUAUGACUCAAGGAGAGACCCAACCCCCCAAAAUACUAUCUGUGUUCAUGUUAUUGUUGUAUUGUAUUCUUCAAUGACAUUUUAAGUGAGAUUAUAAAUGUUUACAGAACAAAGAGAGGGUAUGAUGAAAUGUGAAACUGAAUAGAUGAUCUGCCUUGAAUGGGGAGCAUUGCUUAUGAGUUCAUCUGAGUAUCAGGGGCCAGGUGAUGAAAAGGUAGCCUGGUCCCAGAUGUGUUUGUGCUGUCUUGCCCACUCCUAUGGUCAUUGUCAUGGCCAUAGGAGUUGGCAAGACACCACAAACACAUCUGGGACCAGGCAAGUGAAAAGCAGGCAAGAGUCGUAUUUACUUUAAAGCUGGAAUCCGUAUUAGGUAAAACUGCCUUUUGCAAUAUAUAACAACAAAGAAGUUACUUCAAACAACGAACUUUGAGUUUUUUUCCCCUCUGAUAUAAUUUCACAUGCAUUAGAACAGCCUCUCUGCUGGAUGCUUCUCUCCUCUGUUUCAUCAACAAAACAAAAACAAUAACAAAUGCACUGGGGUGAACAAUGGCACAGUUCACCUUAUGAUUUCAACUGUUAAGGAUUUGAUUUUUAUUUUGUCAAAGCUAACUGGAUUUGCAGGACUGUGAAAUUAACCCAUUACUACAAGAUAACACAUCAUUUACCAUUCCUACACAUUAACCAUAACUCAAAACAUUGCUUUUUCUAAGCCUUAACUUUUCAAAAUAAUAUACAUCAAUUGUUCAACUUUUAUACCAAUGUUUGGUAUUUUAUUUAUUGUCAUGUAGCAAACAUUUAUUUAACCUGGCUGAGGUGUGUACUGUAUUGUUCAUCAUGGGCUACAUCACACUUGCUCAGUACAGGUCUUGUGUAAAAAACAGACAUAGGAAAGUCUGCCCAGUGGAACAAUUUACGACAGCAACAUCAGCAAAAUCUCCAGUGAGAGGGCAUAACACACACGCAACACAGCUCGGAGUGGAAAAGUCUUUUUAAACAUAAUAUAAACUUGUGGAGUGUUAUUGUGCUCUGCUUAAAUUUAGCAAAUGUCAUGGCCUCUUUAGUGUCAUGGAGAAAGCUCAGGAAUAUACAGAAUGUGGCGAGGAAGACUGACUGAGUGGGGAAAAAAUACAUCGGAAAUUCACAGACACAGAGGAUAUUUGGAGGUUGAGACGUCUGGCAAAAAAACAAUAUAUAAAUCAUCACUCACAAAUACAGUUGAAGUCAUAGGUUUACAUACACUUAGGUUGGAGUCAUUAUAUCUCGUUUUUCAACCACUCCACAAAUGUCUUGUUAACAAACUAUAGUUUUGGCAAGUCGGUUAGGACAUCUACUUUCUGCAUGACACAAGCAAUUUUUCCAACAAUUGUUUACAGAUAGAUUAUUUAACUUAUAAUUCACCUUAUCACAAUUCCAGUAGGUCAGAAGUUUACAUACACUAAGUUGACUGUGCCUUUAAACAGCUUGGAAAAUUCCAGAAAAUGAUGUCAUGGCUUUAGAAGCUUCUGACAGACUAAUUGACAUCAUUUUAAUCAAUUGGAGGUGUACCUGUGGAUGUAUUUCAAGGCCUACCUUCAAACUCAGUGCCUCUUUGCUUGACAUCAUGGGAAAAUCAAAAGAAAUCAGCCAAAAAAGUUGUAGACCUCCACAAGUCUGGUUCAUCCUUGGGAGCAAUUUCCAAACGUCUGAAGGUACCGCAUUCAUCUGUACAAACAAUAGUACACAAGUAUAAACACCAGGGGACCACCUAGCCGUCAUACUGCUCAGGAAGGAGACGUGUUCUAUCUCCUAGAGAUGAACGUACUUUGGUGCAAAAAGUGCAAAUCAAUCACAGAACAACAGCAAAGGACCUUGUGAAGAUGCUUGAGGAAACAGGUACAAAAGUAUCUAUAUCCACAGUAGAACGAGUCCUAUAUCGACAUAACCUGAAAGGACACUCAGCAAGGAAGAAGCCACCACUCCAAAACUGCCAUAAAAAAAGCCAGACUACGGAUUGCAACUGCACAUGGGGACAAAGAUUGUACUUUUUUAUGUCCUCUGGUCUGAUGAAACAAAAAUAGAACUGUUUGGCCAUAAUGACCAUCAUUAUUUUUGGAGGAAAAGGGGGAGGCUUGCAAGUCAACAUCAUCCCAACCGUGAAACACGGAGGUGGCAUCAUCAUGUUGUGGGGGUGCUUUGCUGCAGGAGGUACUGGUGCACUUCACAAAAUAGAUGGCAUCAUGAGUUAGGAAAAAUAUGUGGAUAUAUUGAAGCAACAUCUCAAGACAUCAGUCAGAAAGUUCAAGCUUGGUCGCAAAUGGGUCUUCAAAAUGGACAAUGACCCCAAGCAUACUUCCAAAGUUGUGGCAAAAUGGCUUAUGGACAACAAAGUCAAGGUAUUGGAGUGGCCAUCACAAAGUCCUGACCUCAAUCCUAUAGAAAAUCUGUGGGCAGAACUGAAAAAGCGUGUGCGAGCAAGGAGGCCUACAAACCUGAGUCAGUUAUGCCAGCUCUGUCAAGAGGAAUAGGCCAAAAUUCACACAACUUAUUGUGGGAAGCUUGUGGAAGGCUAUCUGAAACGUUUGAUCCAAGUUAAACAAUUUAAAGGCAAUGCUACCAAAUACUAAUUGAGUGUAUGUAAACUUCUGACCGACUGGGAAUGUGAUGAAAGAAAUGAAAGCUGAAAUAAAUCAUUCUCUCUACUAUUAUUCUGACAUUUCAUGUUCUUAAAAUAAAGUGAUGAUCUUAACUGACCUAAGAGAGGGAAUUUUUACAAGGAUUAAAUGUCAGGAAUUGUCAAAAACUGAGUUUAAAUUUAUUUGGCUACGGUGUAUGUAAAGACUUCAACUGUAUAUGCCUCAUUAUUUGAAAGGUUGAUUAUUACUUACUCAUGACAUCCCUUUUUAAAAUGAAAUAUUUACAUGAUCAGUUCUGACAAAAUGACUUAUUUUAGGGUCUUACUGUAGCCUAAAUUAUAUGGGAAAACAAAUCUAGGAUACCCUCUUCCCUUGGCAUCCCUAGAAGGACCAUUAUACAACCCUAACAUGGACACACACAUCCCUCACAUGAACACAGCUCUGAUAAUUUGCCUAAAUGUCUCUCUGUAACAAAAGGAGAAGAGAGAGAGGCUGGCGUCUCCACAUGGACACUGGGAUUUAAGUGUCAACUGAAACAAACCAGGUGGCUUCUAAUACUCAAUACUGUCAGACUGUAACGACUUCCUCUGCAUACUGUCUGUCCUUGUCCUCAGCAUGGCAGUUAAGAACCAUGUGUUUCCACCCCCCUCACUCAAUCAGAACUCCUAAAUUCACCACUUCACUCCACCAAGCCAAAUCAGUCAACACAAUGCUGAGGAGGUCCCUCUUUAUUGAACGAAUCAAGGAUCCAGGGUCCAUUCUGAAUUGAGUUGCGGAAAUAGAAAGUAGGAUUAAAUUAAAUUCAAAUGGGUUAUUUAUUCUGAAUUGCUUUGAAUUAUCUUCUACUUCAUUCAAUUCAAAAUCAUGGUUUGAAUUGAAAUAAAUUCAAAAAAUCCAAAUUGACCCCAACCCUGCUAAGAACACUUAAGCCUAACCAAAUUGUAGGGGGCUGACAAGUUCUUGUUCUGUGAAAGACAAAAACAUGCUUUGUUAGUGUAAGAGUGUCAUUGCGGUAUUGUAUCUGUGAGUCAGACAGAUCUGUUAAAUAGACGGUGCAUCGCUCUUGGUUUGAAUUCCAAGAUGUCUCUCUCUACUUGACCACCCAACGUAUGGUCUUGCACAUGUUUCCUGUGUGGAGAUAGAAAACCAAACCUCAAAAUAAUUCCAGUUUAACGAGGCUCCGUUUGGACAUAAUGGCACACAAUUGGUGCUAAAACGAAGGUGGUUUUCCCCUCUGUUAUGACAAGAGCCAUCCUUCGUGUGGUCAGAUGAGGAUUUAAAUGCACUGACAUUUUAGAUAACGCUAUUACAUUUUUAUGCUUUAAGAUAAAAUGUGUUGUGUAGUGUUCACAAGGUUAAAGAGAUUGAGCGGGAUCUUAAGCACUUACAAAUUCGUAAUAUAUUGUACAAAUUGGAGGACAGUAUUUCCAUUUCCUUGUUUUUUUUUUAUUUCUUCACCAUACUCAUCAACCUUGACCUCUUCAACUUCAAGGGCUAAACUAUAGGAGUGUGUAGAACCUCAAGUACAUUCCAUUUGAGACUGCACUGUACUGGUAUUACUAUCAUUGGUUCACUCAAAUGUGACCUUAGCAUCAAGAUACCAUGGCUGGGGUCAAUUCCAUUCCACUUCAGUCAAUAAACUGAAAUUCCAAUUUCCCUAAGUGCUUCUCAAUUAGCAAAAUGUGGAAUUGGAAUCUCAGUUUACUUCCAGAGUUGACUGAAUUGAAAUGGAAUUGAUCCCAACCCUGCUAGAUACUGUGGGUUGUAAAAGCCUUCAACAAGCAUGACUUGUGAAUGAUGAAUGAAUGAGAAAAAACAUGUAAAAACAAGCUUUUCAUAGUGAUCCUGCCUUCCAUUCCAACCUGUGUGUUUGCACAUGUUAUAGUAUUGAUGUCACUAAUCAGUAGCCUAAACAGUCCACUGUGGUUCACGUCUAUGAUGUUCAAUGUUUAAAUAAUUAUUCUUUCACUCAACUGGCUACAACUGUAAACCAAUACUGUUAUUUAACACGAGAAGAUCUGUAUGUAUGGCAAAUUAUUUUGUUAAUAAAAGCUAUGCUUAUAUUGUUA